AUGCAAACAGCAACAACCACUACCACUACGUCAAACGCUGAUGCCAUCGAAUUGAACCAAAUGGAUGCACUUGCAGCACGUCUCAAUUUCACUAGUCAAGACGUUAAAGUACUUCAAAAUGCAGCUACCAAGCUUGCUCCUCAAAUCGAUACAAUGAUUGAUGCUGUUCGGAGUCAACUAUCUUUGCACUUUUCCAUUGAUGAAGAUAUGAAGCUUGGCAACGAAUCCUUACGACGCUACUUGGGGAGAAUCAUGACGGGCCCCUAUGAUAACCGGUUUUUCAACUACCUGAAAUGGGUGGCUAGCAGUGACAAAAAUACCACCACCAGCAGCAAAACUACCAGUCGGCAUGACCAUGCGUAUAUCACUGCGGUGCUUGGAACACUCGAAACCGUAUUAAUCCGGCACAUUGUAUCGCUCAAACUCAUUACAGAAACCGAAACGCUGCAAGCAUUUAGCAAACUCUUGUGGAUGCAGGGCUACCACUUUGUGCAAGAUGCAAGCACUAGCAAAACGUCCACGCGUAUGCCAACACUAGCUGAAUUCUUAUGGGGUGUGCCCGUAUUUUUACGUGAUUGCCCUGCAUUCCCCGUUGUUGUUGGUGCAUUAACAGGUGGAUUGACUAUGUAUUUUUGCUUCAAGAAACGGGUCCUCGUGGCAUAA